UGAUAAAUCCAUAAGAGGUGAUACUUUGUUCAAGAUACACCUGACUACACCAGGACAUAUAAAGAAAGAGGAUGUCUUAGUUGCUGCGGUGCACCUUAUCUUGGGAGCGGUGAGAUGAUUGCGUUCGGUAGCUGAGUCAUGCCUGGAGAAAGUGCUUCUAGGACAAAAUGGGACUGAUGGCACUGGGCUUCUAUAACGUCGCUGGCUUUGAGAAUGCUCCUAAUUUUCUUAGUGGUGCGGCCUCUUCGCCAUCUGUACAAGGAGAGAUUGUGGACAGUAUUUACACAAGUCAGCUACCUUUGUCGCAGACAAUCAUCUUCUGUGAGUUUGACUUAAGACCUGUUGUUGCACGCUCACUGAGAGUGUACCCAUUGCUGGUGUCCUUUGAGUGAACACUUUAUUUUAUUCAGAAAUGUAACUCAUUCACCUAUUAUUCUAAUAGACAACACUUGAACAAAAUCAGGCGGAACAGGCCCACCCAUGCCUGCAUGGCUGUCCCAAAUCAUAAUGUAGCCAAUUUUGGCAGCUGGAUAUCAUUCUGCUGCUGGAACAUCAAAGAGUGCACUGCCACUCACCAACAUCUCUGCGGUUCAACGCAGAGAAGGGCGUUAUGGGCACCCGUGGGUUGCAGAGGUUCGCAGAGAAGCCGAUGCGCAAACUAAGUGUCAACAACGUGUUGUGCAACCCUGCACAUCGAACAUCCUGAUUGUUUGAUCCAACUUCCUGUUUGUAUGUGGGUUCAAAACUGAAUAGAAAAACAUGUUCCUUUCAUGUAUAAAAGAAACAAUAAAACCACAAAAAUGUUUUCAGACAAUGCCUGUUGUUGCUAAUGUGUGCAGCCUGGACAAGUGUGUUCCAGUUUUACCUGUUGAAGAAUGUGGCGUUGGCUCAAAUACCAAAAGUGUGUUUCCGUUUGUUUGAACUGAGCAAAGGGCUUUGGCAUGCGCACUCUUGAAGUGAACGAUAACUUUGUGUGACUAUUUUGUUUUGGAUAGUUGGAAAAAUCAUUUUUCCUCUGUUGUUGGUGAUGUAAGUGGCAUUUAGCUGGUUUUGUCAUAACAUGGACGUCACAGGAUCAAAGGCCUCACCGGGCAGUACUUUUUUUGCAACGUAAGUGUUUAAAUACCAUAAAAUCAUCUCGGUCAACAUGUCUUGACCUGAAGACAUUCACACAACAACACCAAAGAAUCAUGGGACACAGAAGAUUGCAUCCCACAUUUGUUUCAGAGGGAUGACUUUUCUGCAAAAGUAAGUAGAGCAGAAUUUGAGGUGUUCAAAGGUGAAACUUUGGAGAUCAUGCAUCCAAACAUGUAUGGUUACUCAUUUGCAGUAGUCAGAUUUCUGAAGUCAGUAUGCCAACAGGAGAAUUUAACCCUUUUGUUGCAGCGACAGUAAAACUUGCUUAUUACCUCCCUUAAACCACUUGACCUGUUGUAUGCAUGGAAUAUGGGAUAUCAUUCACUUAUAAGGCAUCAAGGAGAUGUUUGUGGACAUUGAGGCAAUUCAUUUUGCAAGCUAGACCUUGCACUGUGCAUAUAAGACUUUAUUAUCUCUCUGUUGUAUUAUUUUGCUAACUACCAGUGUUUGGAUUUCUCAGGGCUCGUUGUCAGACAACACAGCAUACCGGUGUUUGAGGACAUUGUACAAUAUCUGGAUUACAUGAAGCUUAAUGAACCCAUCAUUGGUUUAAACUAUUUGGACGAAGUGCCUUGUAACGAUCCACAAGCAGGCCCCAGAUACACAUGCAGGCUAUGUCAUCACACUGCAAACCUACAAGAAAUGGUCCGUCAUUUGAUUGGACGUAAACACCGGCAGAAAUAUGUGGAAUUGAAACGGCCAGACUUGGUGACCUGGGAUAAACAAUCCAUGGUAACCCAAGGAGGAAAGAUAAUACGAGCCAAAGCAGAGAUAAUAGAGAGACAGGAUGGACGAGGAACUCCAUUGCUACUGGUGAAAAAACGGAUGGAGGGCAAAGGAAACAUCUCAAGAGUUCCCACACGGCAGAAGCAAAAUGGGAAUCGAAAUAUCUCACAGAGUUUGACCCACCGAGAUGUGCCACCUCUUCUACCAGAACUCAAUCGGGAUGAGUACUCUCACCGAGGGAGGUUUCCCAAAGGUUACUCAAACCCCCCCUCAUUCCUUACAGAAGACCCUUACAUGGUCAACAGAGACAGACAGAUGUACCAACAAGAGGACACACUCAGCCAUGACCACAUGGGAGAUGGGCUGCGGAGGGCAGAUUACAGAGAAGCUGAUAUGUACAGACCAGAGUAUAUGGAUGCUGAUUAUCGUAGGGAGUAUGAAGGGGAAUAUGUUGAAGAUCCACAAAGAAGAGCCGUACCUGAGCCUGGUGGUGUUCCCAGGUAUGAUUCAAGGGUGGAGAUGCCCCAUGUCCAGGCUCAGCAUGUGGAGUAUGACCCAGAAGAUGCUUCUUCUUACAGAAGGGCCUACCCAGAAAGAGGUUCGCUGAAAGAGUUCUUCUCUGAGGAAGAAAGGCGUGGGCGAGUUUGUUCUGCUGAGCAUCAGCCCUCGCAGCCAGUGUACACAGAAGAUGAUAACAACCAGUGGUCUCUGGACAGGGAACCAGGCAUACAUGACAGUAUGAAUAUAGCAGGUAGGCAGGGUUCGAGUGAACCGGAGGCCAAGAGGAGUAGCUUUCCCACACCUAUGGAGAGUGACCAGUCGCGUGACCAUUUGUGUAAUGUGAUCAGAGAUUAUUGCCAUGAAAUGAGAGAACCACAUCAGGAGGAGGCAGUUGCCAACCCUGGGCCAAGCAGAACAGGACCACCUACCUCCCAGAGAACAGUGGAAGUUACCAGGGCCAUGUCUGACAUCCCAGAGCCAUUCAGGCGCUUUCUGAAAAGGGCCCCCAAUGAUGACGAGGAACACUGUAAAAGAAAAAGAAAGAGUCGCUUCUCUGAUGCCACUGCAGAGGAGGUGAAAACGACAAAGGAGAUGUUCAGUGAUGAGUAUGGCCCUCCAAAUCCAAGGUUUGGUGGUCGUCCUAGACCAGUUAGUGCAAAUCUGAAACCUGAAAUCUAUGAAUCACACCAGGACCUCUACAUAGAAUCAAAGAGCCAACAUCAUACUGAAAGCUGCCAAAGAGGACGCUGUGAGUCAGGAGGUGUUUUUGAUAUGCUGAAAAACAUUGAAAUUGAGAAUGCAGAAGAGGCUGACUUCCUGAAGAACAAACUUUGCAACCUUCUGCAAGAAUUCAAGUCCAAAAGAUUGGAGAAAGCUGGGCAAAAUAGCCAAGGUCGAGCUGUCAUCUCUAAAGACUACGACCGCUUAAAACUGGACUGGGAGCCGUCUCCAAGACACCAGUAUGAGACAAUCCUCAAAGAAGAUUCAGACCUCAGACGACCAGAAGACCUCUACUUUAAAGAAGAUUGCAGAGGAAGAGGCUGGAAGCAGCAUGAGCAAAUACCUGAUAAGCAGCUCCAAGAAUACGACCACCCUGUACGUAGGGAACCCAGACACUCGAACUCAAAUAUUGAUGAGCGGCACCAAGAAUACGACCACCCUGUACGUAGGGAACCCAGACACUCGAACUCAAAUAUUGAUGAGCGGCACCAAGAAUACGACCACCCUGUACGCAGGGAACCCAGACACUCGAACUCAAACAUUGAUGAGCGGCACCAAGAAUACGACCACCCUGUACGCAGGGAACCCAGACACUCAAACUCAAACAUUGAUGAGCGGCACCAAGAAUACGACCACCCUGUACGCAGGGAACCCAGACACUCAAAUUCAAACAGAAGCCGUUAUGAAGAGGUUUUUGGGCGGCCCGAUAUGUCUCGGACACCACAUGCUACCCAUCCAGAUGAGCCAGCAAGUUAUCCUGAAAGGUUUCAAGAACCCAUGCACCCUCGAGAUUACCGACCUGCUGCUGAGGCGUUUUUUGACUCCCACUGUUCUUCACCUCCCUUCCACAUGGAACGAGGACCCAGGAUGGACAGGGACCUUCGGUACUCCAACAACCUGGAAAAAAUCACCUCCACUCUCCUGGAGCUUGUGGCAAGGAAAUGAUCGUCAGAUUUCCGUAGAAGAUCUGUAAACUAAAUAUCCAUUAAAUUUUCUUCUUCGAUGUUGUUUGAGUUUUAGUUCAUUGGCUUUAGACAUUUGUAAAUAAUUUGGUUCAAUGGAAAAUGUUCGAACCUGAGUGUUUAUGUAACAUUUGUCUACUGUAACUGUCAUGUCUUUCAAUUCAUAUUAUUUUUAUCACCAGCUCCAAUAGUAAUGUUUUUUUCUAUAUUAGCCUUUAACUGUGCUGCCCAUAUAAAUUCAUUCAACUUUUUUUAUAUUUACUGCUGGUAUUUGUGAAUAAUGUGGUCACAAGGACCAGAGUUUAAUGAAAACAUUAAAACAGUUUGGUACAAA